AUGUCUGCUGCUGGUGGCACAUCUAAUUGUUCCAUGGUGCGGGUUAUCGCACUGUUGAAGCUCGAUGAACCGGAACUUGCCAGGAGUAUGAGCUGGUUUAACUCGGACCACGUUUUGUCUCGUACCAAUGACUCGGCGAAACGGUCGCACUUUGUUUCUUCGAGAUGA